GUGCCCUGUAAAUCAUUUCCGUGAUAGCAGCCAUCCCCCCAAAAAAUGGAAAAAGAUGGGGGAAAACCAUAUAAAAAAUCCCAAACCCAAUGCAGAGCAGUAUAUCACACGCAACAAGCUUUCACCUACAUUAACUCACCCACGAGAUUGGUCAAAUUGUGACACCUCCAUUCCUAUUUAUCACCCAGAUCAAAUCCCAUAAUUGGCACCCUCGGUUUCCUCGCCUCCUGAAUCUAACAACUCCUUUAACCCUCCAUGCCUAAGGAUAUAUAUAGGGCAAUAAUUUCUAUUGCAAAUCCUCAGAAGAAGGGAAAAAAAAAAACCAUUGAGGUUUACCCCAAUUCUUCUCCUGUAUCCUCUUGAAUUAGCAUGGCGUUUAGCAUACACAACCUGGCUCAGAGAAGUAUCUGGAAUGUGUUUCUGGCCAUUCUCCUGCUCUGUGGAGGAAUGGCUCUGCUGGUUCUCAUUUAUAUGCUGUUGGCCUGGUAUGCUUCUCUUCACGAAAACAGUCAGAGGGGCACAAAUGAUGGGAACACUAAUAGCAGUAAGGGUGGGCAUGGGCUGUCUAAAUCUGAUAUUCAGAAGCUCCCCACAGUAGUCUGCAGCAAUACCCACAAGAAUGGGGAUGGGGAUGAUGAGAAGAAGGAUUGUGAUGAGUUGUGUAGCAGUGAGGAUUUGGAGUGUACUGUGUGUUUGGAGCAGUUUAAGGAUGGAGACAAAUGUUUGCUCAUGCCCUCCUGCAAGCACUGCUUCCAUCUUGAUUGUGCAGAUGCAUGGCUGUCCAAGCACCCCAUCUGCCCUGUUUGUAGGCGCAGCGUCCUUCCCAAACAUGAGGAACAACAAGAACAAGAACCCAAUAACCCUGAUCAUAUUCCUGUUAACACAGUCAUUGAUAUGCCUUCUUAGAUUUGUGCUGUUAAAUGGGUAGUCAUUGAUAUGCUUUCUUAGAUUUGAGCUGUUAAAUGGGUAGCCUUAUGUUAGACAGUAAGUUUGAAGCAGAUUCUCUGUAUUAUACUACUAUGCCAUGUAAUUCUAGUUAUUUGUAGUGUUAGCUAUUCUUUCUUCUGCAUUGUUUUUCUCAGCAGUGGUCAUAAUACUGCUUUUAGAUAUCUCAUUAGGUCUGAUUCCAUGGA